GCCGAACCCAACCGCACGCUCGCGUGACUCGGUGGCGCUCACCGCUGCGGCGAUGGAGGUUUUCGCGUACGGCGGACUUGACCCGGGGACCAUUAAGGCAUUCUUACACCUCACAGAGCGUAUCACCCGCGGGUUUACCACCGCCGACGUCCUUUCGCAUCUCCCGCAAUCAGCCGGACGCCCGAUGUCUUACCUUUCCGUUUACUCAGACUCCCCGCUCCUCUCCAAUGCGUGGUCGCAGCCGGCCAGCGCCAUUGCAGGGCCUGCGCUCGCAUUUCCCCCCACCUCGUAUCGCAAACGCAUAACACCAUCCACCAAAGGUCUGGCUCCAAGCCUUGCGAGCUCGCGGCGGCACAGUUCAGUAUACGACGCUCGCUCGACGCGUGUAGGUAGCACUAUGCCCAGCGAGCGCACCGCUGUUGAAAAAGGCGAGAGAUGGGUGAGCUCGGACCUCGCGGACGAGCCCGUGAGCGAGACGGACAGCGAGAGCGAAGGUGGACUGUCCGCCACCAGAAACACAAAGGAUCAGGGGAAGCAAAACGAGGGCGGAAAUGUGGGGAAGAAGGGUAGCCGACGUUUCUGGUUGUUCAAAAAGAAGAAGGCUGAGCCAGCACUCAAGGUUCAUGGCCCCAUCAAGGACUUGCUGGACCGCGCAGUCUGGACAAUGCAGACCGGCCACCGCGCGACGGGACUCGGGUGCUGCAGCCAGUGUUGCGAUUGUGAGGACAGGGUUCGGGCCCAUCAGUAGUCAUCAAGAAGUCGUUGAGUGUGAAGAUGUCAUAUUGGGAACUAUCAGCGAAUGUGGGCGUCCGAUCCCGCCUGCUCUCAUUG